AUGGUGUUGACUGGAUCGAAAUCGGCCGAUCUGAAAGGAAUGAUCUCAAACUCGGAAUCCAUCUUCGAAGGAGUUCUCGAUCUUCUACGAAAUCCGAUUUCGUCAUAUCCACGACGAGCCUUGAAGAUCGGAAUCAAAGCGUUAUUCGCACUCUGCCUCGCCAAAAACACGCGCCACAUCGCCGUCGCGGCCGGAGCACCGGAGAUUCUAAUCGACAGACUCGCGGCGGAUUUCGACAGAUGCGAUACGGAGCAAGCGCUUGCGACGGUGGAGCUCCUAUGCCGAUCGCCGGAGGGAUGUGCGGCGUUUGGAGAGCAUGCUUUGACGAUACCGCUUCUAGUGAAAACGAUACUGAGAGUUUCCGACCGCGCGACCGAGUACGCUGCGGGGGCGCUGCUAGCGCUUUGCACGGCGGAGGAGCGGUGGAGAGACGAGGCAGCGGCGGCGGGAGUGGUGGUGCAAUUGCUGCUGAUGGUGCAGAGUGAGUGUACGGAGAGAGCGAAGAAGAAGGCACAGAAGCUACUGAAGCUUCUCAGAGACUCAUGGCCUGAUUACUCCUUCGCUAACUCCGAUGAUUUCGGUUGCAGCGAAGUGGUCCCCUUUUGA